UUGCCCCCAUUUAUUUUUCCUCCUCUUCAGUCACUAAUAGCCAUCGGUUGCUCCUCGGGUGCUGUGCAUGUGUUUCAUCUCUGCUCCCCUCUAGCCACAUCUGGUUGUUCAUUACAGAUUGGAUCCUCCAAACCAUCUAUGGUGUCGCAUAACCCAUUUUCCGAUCAAUAUGAUGGCGCAGCCCUCAUCUCUUCCAAUUUAUUACACUCAUCCUCGUGCGCUCCCAUUAAAUUCAGCUCACCUGCUACAGCGCCAAGAGACAUCUCUGGCUCCGAUCCCGCUCUAAAUGAUCUAUUUUUGCAUACUGAUAAGCAUUGGCAAUGCACAUGUACUGCUGGCGUUGUUUGGCUUCGCCUUUUCCCUUCCUCCCUAUCCCCAUCGCCUUGCUCCUGCUGCUCUUUAUCGCUUUCUUCUUCCUCUCUGUCUCGCCCUACCUCUUCACGCGAAGCAGUCACUUUGUGUCGCAACUUUGGCACUCCUCAUAUCAUUCAGCCUCAUGUCCCACCACAUUCAAAAUGGACUGAACUGGCUGGUAUCAGACUGGAGGAGACUCGUUUGGUCACUUGCGGUCUGGAUGGUGCCAUUUCUAUAUGGCGACUAGGCUGCAUGAAACAGCCGAUUCGACUAUUUCGUUCGGUAAGUACUCUAGAAAAUCGCACUGGCAAAUGA